UUUUGCAUAAGGUAUUAAAAUCCUGCUGCACACGCAAAUUAACAACGUCACGUGACACAGCCAACAUCUCCGCCCGGCACAUCUGCAAAAUGGAGGACUGUGAAUCUAAAGAACCAGAGCAGCUCCGAAAGCUGUUUAUCGGAGGUCUCAGUUUUGAAACCACAGAGGAGAGUUUGCGGGCUCAUUUUGAACAAUGGGGAUCUCUCACAGACUGCGUGGUGAUGAGGGAUCCUAACAGUAAGCGAUCCAGAGGUUUUGGUUUUGUAACAUAUUCCUCUGUAACUGAAGUUGAUGAGGCCAUGAAAGCAAGGCCUCAUAAAGUCGACGGGCGAGUCGUUGAACCCAAGAGGGCCGUGUCCAGAGAGGAUUCAAACAAACCGGGAGCACAUCUGACGGUGAAGAAGAUCUUUGUUGGUGGUAUCAAAGAGGACACAGAGGAGCACCACAUUCGGGAAUAUUUUGAGAAAUAUGGAAAGAUCGACUGUAUCGACAUAAUGGAGGAACGCUCCACAGGAAAGAAGAGAGGAUUCUGCUUUGUCUCUUUUGACGACCAUGACACUGUGGACAAAAUAGUCGCCCAGAAAUACCACACAAUUAACUAUCACAACUGUGAAGUCAGGAAAGCUCUGUCAAAACAGGAAAUGAAUGCGAUAUCCAGUAACCGAGGAAGGAGCGGAGGAUCAGGAAAUUUCAUGGGCAGAGGUGGAAAUUUCGGAGGUGGUGGCAACUUUGGUCGAGGGGGCUAUGGAGGACGUGGUGGAUAUAAUGAUGAUUUUGACAGUGGUCCAGGAGGAAACUAUGGCGGAGGACCUGGUUAUGGAGGUGGCCGAGGGGGUUACGGAGGUGGUGGUCCAGGCUACGGAAACCAGGGGGGAGGCUACGGUGGCAGUGGUGACGGAGGUUAUGGAGGUAGUCGAGGAGGAUAUGGCGGAGGAGGAAACUAUAACGACUUUGGAGAUUAUGGUGGACAGCAGUCAAACUAUGGGCCAAUGAAGGGAAAUAACUUUGGUGGCAGGAACUCUGGUGGACCCUAUGGUGGCGGCUACAACUCCGGAGGCAGUGGUGGAGGCUACGGCUCCCGGCGGUAUUGAACACAGCAUGUUUUUGGCUUCAGUUCUUAGCAGGAGAGGCGAGGAGGUGAGCAAAGGAAUUGUCAGGAAAGCUGCAGGUUACUUUGAGGCAGUCAUCUGAAAGCAUUAGAGGAACACAGAAGUCAGACUUUACUGCAGCUAAGUCGGAGAAGUGAAAGGAAGAAGGACUGUAAGAACAAGACAUGAGUGCAGAUGAUGCCCUUCCCUAAUUGUGGUAGAUGUUUCCCUGCUGAGAAAGUUUUCCUUUUUUCUGAGUCUAAAGUGUGUGUAUUGUUCCAAUGGUAUCAGGGGUAAAGCGCUUUUUUUUCUAAACUGAAGUCCUUUUUUAUUUUUUACUUUCUUUCUAUAUGGUCAGGUUUUUCUGCUGGCCAAUAAGUUAUUUGUCUCCAAUUCAGUUGUAGUUACACCAGGCCCUUAGAUCAGCCAGAAUUUCUUCUCUCUGACUUUACAUAAUUUGAUGAUUGCAAGUGUCAAAUGUAUUUUGAUUAUUGUAUGUAAAGCAGUGUGUAAACCCUUCAUAGUACCGGUGUCAACAAGUGUAAAGAGCCUGAAUUAGAACCAAGGGAAUCCCUCGCUCUUUGUCCCCCCCUCCCAAAAAAACAAUAACAGAUUCUAGAUUGUUCACAUAUUUUCAUUAGUAGAUCCAAGACUAAAUAAAAUUGUGUAGUAAAGUAA